CCCCGCCCCUUCCGGAAGUUACGCAGCUCACGCUAGUCGCUACAGCUCCGGUUCCCAACAGCCUCUGUGGCGUUGCCCCGGCCUCUUGCCGGCGCCCUGUACCUUCCCCCCCGCUGCCAGCGUCUCCCGCGCUUGCCAAGAUGGUUCCCCCGGUGCAGGUCUCGCCGCUCAUCAAGGUGAGCCGUUACUCGCUGCUGCUGCUCGGCCUGCUCUAUGGCAAGACGCGCUGCGACUAUCUAAAGCCUAUUGCUGAGGAGGAAAGGAGACUAGAAGCUGAAGAGAAAAAGAAGCGUGAAGAGCUGGAACGGAUUGCAAAAGAACUAGCAGAAGCAAGUGAAGAUACUAUAUUGAAAUGAACAAAGCAGGUUGGACCUCUUCCUCUUCAUCUUCACUAACAUGGCAAAGCCUUGAAUUAGUUGUUUAGUGGCUAAUGAACUUUAUUUGCUACUUCCACCAAUAAAAAUUUGUAAACAUUU